AUGACCGUUCCGACCCGAAGGCGGACUGGCGCAGGCAAACCGAGCAAACCGACGGCCAUCCAUCACCAGCAGUGCGGAAAUGGCUCGUCUCUCUCCAACUUCACCUCUUCCUCCAGCCAUGUGAGAGCAUCGGUCGGGAUGCCCUCCUAUUUCUACCAUCUCGCGAUUGAACUAUUUGCUCGCCCUCAGUCCGACCUCCAAGGCGCCUCUUCUCAAAGCGAUCCGUCUCCAACGUCGCUAUCUUUCGACUCCGCAUGUGAAGCCCUUCUACCCUUCCAGAAACGGCCCCGGCACUCACCUCCCUCAAAUCGGAGUCCUCGCCAUCCUCUGCUUACAAGCGGAAAGCAUCGAUGCUCGCCUCCCGGCUCUUCUUCCAGCAGCGACGUCCUACCUCUUGACACCGCCUCUUUCCCCUCCGCACACCGUCCCACCACUACCCCUCCGCCGUCCUACACCCGAUCACCCACCAGCGCAUCCGAGCUCGAGCACGACCUCCGCCUCGACAAAGUCUCAAUCGAGUGCAUUGACAUGAUCCCCUCCGAGCCCAGCACCUUGAGCAGCUCCAAGCGUAGCGCCGGCCGCCGCGAGCCCAGGGACAACAACCCCGUCGCGACGGGCAUCGGCACCGAUAUUCUCGGCGGGCUCCGUACGCGGGGCAAAUACGUCCCGCUCGACCAGCAGACCUCCGACAGCGUCUGGGGCAUCGUGCACCUGUACCGUGACUCUCAGGAGACACCGUACCUGACCGAGCAGGAAUAUCCGUCCUACCUGAAGGGCUCGGCGGCCGCGCGACAGCCCUACGAUGAGUUGGGCGGGAGUAGCGCCCCGCGGCAGGAUUUGCGCGGGGGAGACGGGGACCGCUCGUUAGCUCUGCACCAGCAGGAUGAGGACUGCACGACGCUGUGCAUCCUGGCCGUGCCGUCGUAUAUGUCACCGUCGGAUUUCCUGGGGUUCGUGGGGGAGGCGACCAUGGAUGACGUUAGUCAUUUUCGAAUGAUCCGGACGGCGCGUGCGAAUCGGUAUAUGGUUCUGAUGAAGUUUCGGAGUGGGAAGAAGGCGAGGGAGUGGCAGAGGGAUUGGAAUGGGAAGGUGUUCAACAGUAUGGAGCCUGAAACAUGUCAUGUUGUUUUCGUGGAUACGGUCGAGAUUCAAGCGGUGGAUCCGGAUACGCAGACGGGCUUCUCCUCGACUCAUCAAGGCGUUCUUCUAUCACCUCAUACCGUAACCGCCGCAUCGACAAGUCAAUCCAGCUCCCUACCUUCGGCAAAACUCUCCUCGCGACCUCUCGCCCCGCCGACGCCAGCUCUCAUCGAACUCCCGACGUGCCCCGUCUGCUUAGAGCGCAUGGAUGAGACGACAGGUCUCCUCACGAUCAUCUGCCAACACGUCUUCCACUGCACGUGUCUUCAAAAAUGGAAAGGCAGCGGCUGCCCCGUCUGUCGCUACACGCAAGACGACUUCCGCAAGAGCAGCCAAGGCAUCCCACUGGACGACCAAACGUCCGAAGAAUGCUGCUCCGUCUGCCACUCCGACCUCAACCUCUGGGUGUGCCUGAUCUGCGGCAACGUCGGGUGCGGGCGCUACGACGGCGCACACGCCUUCGACCACUACAAGGACACCGCGCACGCCUUCGCCAUGGACCUCUCGACGCAGCGCGUCUGGGACUAUGUCGGCGACGCAUACGUCCACCGAAUCAUCCAGAGCAAAACCGACGGCAAGCUCGUCGAACUGCCCGCGGCGGACAACAGCGCCCUCGACCCCCCAGACUGGACCGACGCCGUACCCCGCGAGAAGCUCGAAAACAUGAGCGUCGAAUACACGCACCUCCUGACGAGCCAACUCGAGAGCCAACGCGCCUACUUCGAAGAGAUCGUCGAGCGCGCCGUCGACAAAGCCUCGCAGGCCACCGCCGCCGCGCAAUCCGCCCACUCGACCGCCACAUCGGCCACCGCGCACCUCACCAGCUUACAAUCGCAAUACGAUGCCCUGAACACGACGACCCUAUCCUCGCUAGAGCGCGAUAAACUCCGCGCCGAGAAACGCGCGGAAAAAUUCGAGUCGAUGGCCCGGAAGAUGGAGAAGGAGUGGCGCGAGGAAAAGACCGUGAACGAGAGUCUCAUGGCGCGGAUCGAUCAUCUCUCAUCCGAGCUGGAGGGUCUCAAACUCGCCAACGCGGAUCUAACAGAGCAGAACCACGACUUGACGUUCUUUAUUAGUGGCUCCGAGCGAUUGAAGGAUCAGAGUGAGGAUGUGGUUCAGGGGACGGUUAGUGUUCCGGAGCCGGAGCCGGAGGGGACUGGUCAGAAGAAGAAGAAUAAGGGGAAGGGGAAGAGGAAAUGA